AUGAAAGAACUCAUACUUAGGAUACAGAAUGAGGCGAAAAAUGUGGACAAAAAUAGUUUAAGUGGAAACCGAAUUACAUUUUUGUUGGAUUCGUUGAUUGCGAUCAAGAAUAACAAUAUGACUAAAUUCAAAGGUUAUGGCAUUGAAGUGGACGUCAAACUCAUUGAAAACACAUUGAAAAGCACUGUCAAGAAGUCGAGAGUGAAUAGCAUUUCGGGCAGUUAUGAAGCUAUUCUUCAUAGUUCUCACUGGUAUUCAUUCACACAAAACUUUGAGGCAAUUAAUUCAGACAAAAGACAAACAAAUCUCAUGAAUGCAAACACUUCUGCCGGCGAUGACUGUAAUGAACAACUCAUGAAAACACUACGACUGAACACACCAUUGCGAAGAAGUUUAGUUAUGGCUCUCUUGUCUGCUAAUGACUACAUCGAUGCCUCACAACGUUUAAUAUCAAUCGGCAAAAAGCAGUUCUCGGAAGUGACUAAUAUUGCUCUCAACUUUUCGAUUCGCGACAAGAUAUCAGAAUUGGAAUCACUGGAAGCGAACCAACAGUUGGUUUUGUCUCAACUCGUAUUGGAUUUACUGAAGUUGAAUGCGCUUCCAAUCACUUGCUUGAAGGUGGUCCACUUCACGGAUAUGAACGAGACUUUCGUUCGCUUUAUUCGCCGUAUUUUGAAGCCUAUUCUCGACGACGAGUCACUCAUUCAACAAAUAUUAUCCAAAAUACCGAAUAAGGACUCAUUCGCCACCGCUAUUAGACUAUUCAUCGAGUGUUUCAUAGAUCCCAAACAUCGACACAAAUUAGAUUUAAAACAUUUACAGUUAAAAGCAAAUUGAAAAUAAAUGACAUUUAUUUCGGAACAUUAAUUAAUUAAUUUGAUAAAUAUAUAUAUUUUUAAGAAAUUCUGUUAUUUAGAAAUAUUAAAAACUAAACGAUUAAAAAUUAACGGGAAGUAAAA